AUACGUCAACGUCAAAUUUAAAUCAAAAUCAACUAUCAAACAAACCGUUUAGAAUUUGUCCGUUUUAACAAGUUUUUCAACAAGUUUUUUCACAUUUUUUAAGUUUAUACUAUACUACAGGAAUAAGAAGACUAAACAACAAUUUUUGACAAUGGAGGAGCCGGUUAUAAAGAAGAAAAGCAAAAGGAAGAUACGAAGUACACAAGAUUUCAAUGAGUUUAACAGGAUGAGUUUACUAACCCCUUCCUCAACAAGUAAUCCCUUAACAAAGUCUGUUACAAAGAAAAAGAACAACCUUUUUUAUUUGCCUAAAGUAGAUUUAAAUCUGAGUGGAGGAUCCAAAGAAAAUUGCUCUCCAAACAUAGUAGGAGACACAGAGACCGUUGUCAAAAAAUCGAAGAAGUCAAGAUCAAGAAAAAAGUUGGAUUCUUCUGAAGAAAGCAAAAAAGAUAAUUCUGAAAUCCAACCACAGCAAACAAAAAGCGGAAAAGUAAGCGAAGGAUUUUCAACAGAAGAAGAUAAAAGAGACUCAGAAGUUGAGUUCAAGAAGAAACGUAGGAGGAAGAGGAAAAGUAAGACAAAGUCUGGGGCCCAAUCUUCUUCGGAAAUAAGUUCAAAUGAGAAUGAAGUUCCACAAGCACCAACUGACUUAUUUUCCAAUAACAAAGGUGAUAUCCUCGAUGAAAUCAAAGUUCCAGAAGGCAAAGUGUUGAGUGUAAGAAAAAGUAAUAGGAUUAGUCAAGGUUUGCCGAAAAUUACACUUACAGAAGAAUAUGACAGUCCACAAAAGAUAGAUCAUACACUUAAUAAACAACUUAAAGAACAUGGAAACAAAGCAAAUAAUUGUUUUGUUUUACAAAGAGGUGCGACAUUUAUUCAGGAUACACCUAGCAAAAGUCUUGUUACUAAAACUCCAAAAAAGACAGUUGGAAUGUCUAAAAUUUCUAAUUCUGUUACUGUCAUUGAUAAAUCAUUAAAGAGGAAAAGCUCAAUUGCACGAAAAAGCGAUAAAUUUUCUGAGAAACAACCUCAAGAAGACAUUGAAGAAUACUUUAGAAACAUUAACAACGGGUUGAGUUUAAGUGAACAUUCUAGUGAAAAUAUUGACGAGAAUAUACCAACACAGAACAAUUUCACACACAUUUCGAAGAACAUUAUAGUUACUCACCCCACCCCUAACAAAGGGAAAACUGCCUAUAAAACUCCUUUAAAAUUAAAUGAUGCACCUAGUAAUCUUCAGUCUGUUAAUAAUAGUGAUCGGAGAAGCUCUGUUUUCAGAAAAAGUGUCCACCAAAGUCCUCUUAUGAGGAAGAAAGAAGAAAAACCAAUGCUUGACGAUACAUUUAACAUUCAUGACUCUGUAUUGCAAAAUUUGAGAUCUAGUUCUAAGAAAAGUAUCAGAUUGAGUCGCAACACACCAAAUCUUGCUAAAAAGCAGGAAAGACUCACUUUUGAUAAAAAAGAUAAUGAUGAAGAUAUUGAGCCAAUAAACACGAGUCCACUUGUCAAAACAAGCACCCGUUUAAGUCAUGUUACACCCAAAAAUGCUAAGCAGGAGGAACAACAAUAUAUAAAUGAGCUUGAUAUUAUAGUUGAUAAUGAACUAACAGCCUCUAGAUCGGCUUUAAAGAAAAAUAACAGACCCAAUGGUGAAAAUAUUGAGUCACCAAACACAACUGCAGUUGGCAAAAGAAGUAGUCGUCUUCUUCAUGCUAUACCGAAGGUUACUAGACAGGAAGAACAGGUUAUAAUUGAACCAUAUGUUAUGGAUGAAACUAAAAUGACAGCUUCUACAUCAACUUUAAAGAAACGUAACCGAACAAACACUGAAAAUAUCGAGUCAACAAAUAGGAGUGCUCUUGGCAAAAGAAGCAUCCGUUUUAGUCAAGAAACAUCAAAGAAUAUAAAACAGGAAGAGGAGCAAUUAAACGAGCCUUAUAUUAAGGAUGAUAAUGAAUUGCCAGCUUCUAGGUCAUCUGUAAAGAAAAGUAACAGAACUAAGAUACAUGACAACAUAAAUGAUAUUGAUAAAAGCAGUAGGAAUGGUUCUAUUUUAAAAAGAAAGAGCAGCAGUAGAGGUACGGAAGGUAUAGCUCUAACUCCAAUAAGUUCUGAGUAUCUAUCGGAUGACGUGUUUACAAGUCGUGAAAAUUUGAGCGAAACUGUGGAUAUCGGGAUACUAGAAAAUGCAGAAAACGACGGAGAUACGUUUGAGUUGGAAAAUAGCAUUUUCGUGCUUUCUGAGCUACCUGUUGUGAACAAUGCCAGUUCUGAACAAGCCAGAAGAUCAAAAUCUUUGUGUGGUCCUUCCAAAAGCAAAUCAGUAAGCUUCAUGACUCCUAAUUUGAGGUCAAAACGUAAAACCAGUGAGGUUCAGCCAUCGUCCAGUGAAUCUAUGAAUGUAACUCCUCCAAAUGGGGAAGCCCUUGGUCCAUCGUUGUGGUAUGCUCAGGAAGGUUCGAAAAUAUACCCUAAAUCACCACAUUCGUCGAAAGUUUCUUCCAGUUCUUUCUAUAAGAGUACCGGGAGUCUUUCUGAAACUGGAAGUUCAAAAUCAGUAGAUGAAAGUAGUAGUUUACAUCGUCCUCCUAGUGAGUAUGUAUGUAAAAAACGGAAAACAUGGAAUAGAUCUUUGGGAGUGUCUAUUCUAGAUGAUUCAGGUAUAUUGCACUCUGUAUCCCCUCCUUGGGAAGACACAGCACUACUAGAUAGUUCAGGUAGCUUUGAGCCUCAAGCACAUACAUCAAAAACUAGUCUGAGUCCUAUAAAACACAUAGACUCUCCAAAAGAGUCCUUCAUAAAUUCAACUAAAAAAUCAAAUUCUACUAAGAAAGUACCAAGGACCGAUCGACAGUCAAGUCCAAGAAAAUCAACAGUACUAUUUACCGAAACUAUUAGUCCGAUAAAACAAGACACCCAAAAACAUCUUAGAUUCGACGAGACAGCCGAAACAAAUAAACAAAACAAAAGUGGACUAAGGAGGAUAAAACUACCCAACUUUGCAAGAAUCCAUCAAAAAGCGUAUGAUAAAUUGGAAAAUCUGAAAGAAAUGAGUGAAAGAAAGGCACUGAGGGCGCAACAGUUACUGUCUGGAAAGAAACCGAAGCCAGAAACAAGUUUAACAGUUUCAUCGUCAAAUUUGAAAAUCAAGUCACCUACGCUGAAAAUAAAAUCUCCCAAGAGCAGGAAAUUGUUGAGGUACAGUCCCAAAAAGAGUCCCCUUCAAAAACCAAAGAAACUGGAACAGAUGACCUCAAACAUGUUGAUCAGCAAGACCAAAACAAAAGUCACCCCAUCCAAGUCGAGCGUUAGGAUUGUAAAACCCGUAGAAAAGAAAGUAGUCGUAUCCAAAAUUCCCAAAGCUGUAAUGGCCGAAAAGAAAGGCUUAUCCAGGUUGGGAUUCAAAGCUGGUCCUGCGGGUAAUACAAAGGGCUCAAGAGUAGAACAGAUAAAAGCAGCAGCGAGCAAAGCGCAGCCGAAGAGGAAUUCUUUGGAAAAUAGAAGGGAGGUUGUUCAGAAAGUUAGAACCAACAGGAGGUUUGAAUUAUUAAUGAAGAUGAGGAAUGCUAAUGGGUAAUCAUUAGCUUCUAUAUUCAUUUUACUGUAUAUAUAGUCUAAGAUCCGAAUCUAGGUCGACCUUCACCCAUCUGCUUUGGGGCCGUCCAUUAAUCACGUGAUGUUUUUUUUGGCAUUUUUUAACCCCCCUCCCCAUUGGUGAUACAUGGUGAGGUUUAAGACCUACCCCCCUACCCCCUAUAUCACGUGUAUUUUUUAGGAUCUACAGGAUCUACUAGGUAGAUAAGUAUCAUCUAUUUUUUUUUAUAAAAAAUUAAAGACUACAAUAAUAACGUUUAGAGGUAGACAGAAAGGUUGCAGGCUGUUUUUGACUGACAAAAAUAAUGAAAAAAAUGCGAAAAACAUUUUUGUACUAAAUUAGUAUUAAAUAAAAUACUAAAUGUAUUAUACAUAAACAUUAUUUAAUGUACGGUAUCCUCGGAUCACUAAUGAGCAAGACUUUUUUAACACCAAUAACUGGAUAAGCAUCUAGCAAGUCAGUUGUUGGCACAGUGCUUUGUGUUGAAGAUUAACAUCAGUUUCAUCAAGCUACUCGGCGUCAUUAUUUUCGCGCACUACGCAGAGAAUCUCUCGAUCUACCGUUCGAUCGUCGCGUGAGGAUGCAGGAAGGACGAACAUUGUGCAUCUCUAGAGUGUUAUUGCUCGGAUUCAGUUGCUUGUGACAAGUAUUCACAUGCGCUUUAGCUAUUUUCUUUGUACAGAAGUCCAGUGCACACCGCUGGCAUGUCCUUUCAAAAAUAUCUGAUGAUCCUUCUGCAGGCUAGGGCAAUACAGGUCAUAAAUCAAUUUGCCGAAGCCUUCAUUCUUCUUCUUCAAGUCCGUCUCCUAUCGGAGGUUGGAAAUCAUCACAGCUAUUCUUAUUUUACUGGCGGCUGCCCUAAAUAGGUCGAUGGAACUGCAGCCGAACCAUUCCCUUAGAUUUCUUAACCAAGAUAUUCUGCGCCUACCGAUACUUCUCUUACCCCUGAUUUUACCCUGAAUGAUCAGUCUCAGCAGCGAGUAUUUGUCACCUCUCAUAACAUGGCCAAAGUAUUCAAGCUUUCUUCUUUUAACAGUAAGUACAACUUCACAUCCUUUUCCGAUCCGACGUAAAAUUUCGGCAUUCGUCACGUGGUCCACCCACGAUACAUGGAGCAUUCUACGUUAACACCACAUCUCAAAAGCUUCAAUGUUUUUAAUGCUGCCCAUCUUGAUGGUCCAUGACUCAACUCCGUAUAAUAAAGUGGAGAAGAUAUAACACCGCAGCAUACGCACUCUCAGAUCAAGAUUUAUGUCACGACUACAGAGAAAUACUUUCAUCUUGAAGCCUUCAUACGUUGGAGUAAUUUCGAGAGACCGUCGCAGAAGAAAUGGAGCAUAAUGGAUCUUGUCAUCAUGCUCUUGAGGCUCUGGAAUAUAUAAGCCACCGGACGACUGCAAAAUCGGGUAAGGAGGUAUAACGAAGCGUUCCGAAAGAAUGAAUCGUAUAGAACUCCGCAUAUUAUAUACCUAAAGCAAAUAUUGACUUUCUCACACACGCUCGCUAUACCACUGCUGGGAAGACAGAUCUGGAAUAAAACUUUCAACAAUGUUAGCUGGCUUGACAUACUCUGCUACGACGCCAUGGCUGUCAAUAACCAUAUUACUCCAUACUUCUGAGAGAACUUCACCAACCUUAUAAAAAUUCUUUUUUUCAAGGUCAUGAUCUUUUGUUCUCCCUUGUUCAUCCAAAUGAGUUCCAUAAGAAUCAUGCGAAAGUGUAAGUCCAGAUAAUUCCCGGCUGAAAGGCGCCAUUCUUCUCUCAACGCGAUUGAACGCGCUUAUACCAGGUGCAUUUGUAAAGAUAAAUAUUGCUCUAGAUCAUGCUUGACAAAGUUGUGUAGGGCAUGGGCAAUACUUUUGAAGUAUUAAUA